AUGGUCAAUUGGAAGGGCACGCCGUGGACAAGCACCAUCCCUGCGUGGCCCGACGUGAAACAGGGGUUGCAGGGUGCGCGCGGAGCGAGCGCCCGCUUUUGCGGGCGGGGAACGUGCUCUACGGCGGUGCCCGUUGGGUCUGUCGACGGCGCCAAGUGGCGCAACACGGUGUGGUCCCCCUCCCCUCCCCCCGCUGGGUCUGUCGUGCUGGCGAGCUCGCGACGACUCUCUCGCCGGGGGAAUUUUGCUGCGGGUUGUGGUCCUGCUGGCAGCAGCGGCGUCGCUGGUGUUCGUCGUGGACAUGGCAGUGCCCGCAACGUCUGCGGCAACUGGGAAGGGGCCCAACACUGUGGGCGCCGCCGCUGCUUCGAGGUGCGGCCAGGGGCGUGGCAGCAGGAGUCAUUUAGGGCUUAA